AUGGAGAAUAUGGUUAUAAUGCUCGUCUUUACACCUUUCAGAAUUGCUUACAGAGAAAAACUGCCAAAUCAAAACCAAGAAAAAUCUGCAGAGGCAACAGGUACUCACUAAAUGGAAGGAGAACAAAAGAAACAAGACCCUGAAAGUAACUCUCCUCACCAACCAUUGCUCCAAACAGGCCCAAGACUCCCCUCUAAUCCUUUAGCCAUCGUUGGAGCUAAGGUCUCUCACCUGGAGAGCUUGGACUACGAAAUCAAUGAAAGUGAUCUCUUUAAGCACGAUUGGAGGAGCAGAUCCACAGUGCAGGUAUUCCAAUAUAUUUUCUUGAAAUGGAUGUUGGCCUUUCUUAUUGGGCUUCUGACUGGUAUUAUCGCCACCGUCAUCAAUGUUGCCGUUGAGAACAUUGUUGGAUUCAAGAUUCUUGCGGUGGAUAACUUAGUCAGGGAAAGAAGAUAUGUCAUGGGGUUCAUCUAUUUCACAGGAGCUAAUCUGGCUCUCACCAUGGUUGUUGCUAUUCUGUGUUUGGUGUUUGCACCGACAGCAGCUGGACCAGGCAUACCUGAGGUAAAAGCUUAUCUAAAUGGCGUCAAUACUCCAAAAAUGUUUGGCGCUUCGACACUUAUAGUCAAGAUCAUUGGAACCAUCGGUGCUGUGUCUUCUGGAUUGGAUCUAGGAAGGGAAGGACCACUGGUGCACAUUGGCUCCUGCGUAGCUUACUUGUUUGCCCCAGUUGAAACUGACAAUCACCGCCUCAAAUACCGCUGGCUGCGCUACUUCAAUAAUGACAGAGACCGCAGGGAUCUCAUCACCUGUGGGGCUGCUUCAGGUGUCUCUGCUGCUUUCCGGGCCCCCAUAGGUGGCGUCCUGUUCGCUCUUGAAGAAGCCACAACAUGGUGGAGAAAUGCCCUUCUCUGGAGAACUUUCUUUAGCACAGCUGUGGUGGUGGUUGUACUUAGAUCAUUCAUACAGUAUUGCCACUCCGGGCAAUGUGGGUUGUUCGGGGAAGGAGGUCUCAUCAUGUAUGACGUGAGCUCCGUUACUGUAAGGUACCAAGCAGUAGAUAUGAUCCCUGUAGCUCUAAUUGGUGUUAUUGGUGGAGUCUUGGGAGGCCUGUAUAAUUUCCUUCUGCACAAGGUCCUCAGGCUCUACACUCUCAUUAACAUGAAAGGUAGAACUCACGGGCUCCUCCUCACUCUGUCUGUGUCUGUCUUUACUUCUGCGUGCCUUUACUGCCUCCCUUUCCUUGCCAGUUGCAGGCCCUGUGAUCCUUCCCUUCCUCAUGCUGUAUGCCCAACCACCGGCCGAACUGGCAAUUUCAAGCAAUUCAACUGCCCUACAGGCUAUUACAACGACCUGGCCAGUCUCCUCCAUUCUACCAAUGAUGAUGCUGUUCGGAACAUCUUCUCCACAUCCACCCCUUCUGAAUUCAACGCCUUCUCCCUACUAAUAUUCUUUGCUCUUUACUGUAUCUUGGGCCUCAUCACCUUGGGCAUCGCUGUCCCGUCUGGACUUUUCCUACCAAUCAUUCUCAUGGGUUCAGCCUAUGGCCGCCUAUUGGGUCUUGUCAUGGGGCCCUACACCAGCAUCGACCAGGGGCUCUAUGCUGUCCUUGGUGCUGCUUCCCUCAUGGCUGGCUCCAUGAGGAUGACUGUCUCUGUUUGUGUCAUCUUCCUUGAGCUCACCAACAAUCUCCUCCUGCUGCCAAUAACCAUGCUUGUCCUACUCAUUGCCAAAACUGUUGCGGACAGCUUCAACCCAAGCAUCUACGAGAUCAUGCUGGACAUGAAAGGCCUACCUUUCUUGAAGGCCCACCCUGAAACAUGGAUGAGAAACCUUACUGUAGCUGAGCUAGCUGAUGCAAAGCAACCUUUAAUCACUCUUCAUGGUGUGGAAAAGGUGGGCCGCAUUAUCGAGGUCCUGCAAAACACUACACACAAUGGCUUCCCUGUUGUUGAUGGAGGAGUGACGGCACCAGAAAGGCUGCUCACUAGAGCAACAGAACUACAUGGACUGAUUCUAAGAAGGCACCUUGUUUCAGUGAUAAAUAAGAAAUGGUUCCUGACAGAGAGGAGGAGAACAGAGGAGUGGGAAGCUAGGGAGAAAUUUACCUCAUUUGACUUGGCAGAGAGUACGAAGAUCGAGGUGACUGUAACAGAUGAAGAAAUGGAGAUGUAUGUAGAUUUGCAUCCUUUCACCAACACCACCCCAUACACAGUUGUGGAGAACAUGUCAGUUGCCAAGGCUGUGGUGCUAUUCCGGCAGGUUGGGCUCCGCCAUUUGCUGAUUGUACCAAAGUAUCAAGCAGCUGGGGUGUCUCCUGUGGUGGGGAUCUUGACCAGACAAGAUUUGAGGAGCCACAACAUUUUGAGUGCCUUCCCUCACCUAGAAAAAAGCAAAGGAAGAGAAAGGAGGAUGUAA